AUGCAUGACAGUGCCUCAUCAUCAAAAGGAAGUAGUAUAUACAACAUCGGGCCUGAGCAGGCCCUGAAAGCACAAUUGAAUGACACGAAGAAGCGGCCCAAAUGCCCCUGGAUUCAAGAUGGAUUGGCAUCAAAGUUCACUUCUUUAACAAAAGUGCUUUAUGACCUUAAUAAAAUAUUAGAGAAUGGUAGGAUCCAUGGAAGCCCUUUACAAAAACUUGUGAUAGAAAGUUUUGAUGAUGAGCAGACUUUGCAACAACUGGAAUUGCAAAAUGACCCAAUUUUACAAAGCUUCCAGAAUGCAGUUAGUGAAAAAGAUGAAGAUAUCAGUAUCCCAGAGAGUGAAGAACAGGAGCAUGAAGAGGAUGGUUCAGAGACAGAGGCUGAUGGCCAGGAGGACCUAGAAGAUUUAGAGGAGGAGCAGGACGUGUCAGAUAUGGGUGGUGACAAUCCUGAAGUGAGUGAGAGAGCAAACUCAAGCAAAUUCGAUCUGACGAAAAGCCCAGUUCUCAGUGAUGAGGAUUCUGACCUUGACUUUCAUAUCAACAAAUUGGAACAGCAGAGCAAGGUGCGAAACAAAGGACACAGGAAACCAAGAGAAAAGUCCAUAGUAGACGAGAAAUUCUUCCAACUCUCUGAAAUGGAGGCCUAUUUAGAAAAAGAAAAAGAAGAGGAACGAAAAGAUGGUAAUGAUGAUGACGUGGAAGAUACUGAUUUUUUUUAAGAUAUUGAUUCUGAUGAAGAUCAAGGGGGACUGUUUGGAAGUAAAAAACUUCAGUCAGGUAAAAGUUCCAGAAAUGUGAAGGACAAAGACUUUUUUGAUCCAGUUGAAAGUGAUGAAGACAUAGCAAGAGAUCAUGAUGAUGAUCUGGGUUCAAACAUGGAUGAAAUUGCUGAAGAAGCAGCAGAAGAACUAAGCAUUUCUGAAAUGGAUGAAGAUGAUGACCUGGAAGAAAGUGAAGACAGUAAACAAUGUAAAGAAAGCUUGAGAAGAAUGACCUUCACUUUGCCGGAUGAUGAGGCAAUUGAAGAUGCAGGUGUUUCAAAUGUAAUGACAAAUUCUGAUGAAGUUAAAUCCUCUUUUAAAAAAAGACAGGAAAAGAUGAAUGAAAAAAAUUACACCUUUAGAAAAAGAGUUGUUAGAAAAAAGCCUUGGUUGCGUCUGGAGGAAGUGACAGCACAGAAGAGACCAGAGAAUAGCCUGCUGGAGGAGACCCUGCACUUUGACCAUGCUGUCCGGAUGGGGUCUAAGGACUACAAUGGGAGAAUCAGUGGUUUAUUGGAUAUCUACCUAAAGAAUACUUGUUGUAUUUCCUUUAGUGCCUGUGAUUACAGAGGAAAUACCUUUCAACUGGAAGAUAUCAUUAAACAGAGGAAAAGAGAUCAGCAGCAGCUGCAGGUGGAGGCUGACCACCUGGGUAAGGAGCUACAGAGUGUGUCAGCAAAGCUCCAAGCCCAGGUGGAAGAGAACGAGUUGUGGAACCUCCUGAACCAGCAACAAGAGGAGAAGAUGUGGAGGCAGGAGGAGAAGAUGCAUGAGCAGGAAGAGAAGAUAUGGGAGCAGGAGGACAAGAUGUGGAGGCAGGAGGAGAAGAUACGGGAGCAGGAAGAGAAGAUACGGGAGCAGGAGAAGAUACGGGAGCAGGAGGAGAAGAUGUGGAGGCAGGAGGAGAAGAUACGGGAGCAGGAUGAGAAGAUACGGGAGCAGGAUGAGAAGAUACAGGAGGAGGAAGAGAAGAUAUGGGAGCAGGAGGAGAAGAUACGGGAGCAGGAGGAGAAGAGGCAGGAGAAGAUGUGGAGGCAGGAGAAGAAGAUGCGCGAGCAGGAUGAGAAGAUAUGGGAGCAGGAGGAGGAGAUGUGGAGGCAGGAGGAGAAGAGGCAGGAGAAGAUGUGGAGGCAGGAGAAGAAGAUGCGCGAGCAGGAUGAGAAGAUAUGGGAGCAGGAGGAGGAGAUGUGGAGGCAGGAGGAGAAGAUGCAUGAGCAGGAAGAGAAGAUAUGGGAGCAGGAGGACAAGAUGUGGAGGCAGGAGGAGAAGAUACGGGAGCAGGAAGAGAAGAUACGGGAGCAGGAGGAGAAGAUGUGGAGGCAGGAGGAGAAGAUACGGGAGCAGGAUGAGAAGAUACAGGAGCGGGAGGAGGAGAUGUGGAGGCAGGAGGAGAAGAUACGGGAGCAGGAGGAGAAGAGGCAGGAGAAGAUGUGGAGGCAGGAGAAGAAGAUGCGUGAGCAGGAUGAGAAGAUAUGGGAGCAGGAGGAGGAGAUGUGGAGGCAGGAGAAGAUACGGGAGCUGGAGGAGAUGAUGCAAGAUCAGGAGGAGAAGCUGCGGGAGGUGGAGGAGAAAAUGCAGGAGGAGGAGGAAAAGAUGCAGGAGCAGGAGGAGAAGAUAUGGAGGCAGGAGGAGAAGAUCCAGGAGCAGGAGGAGAAGAUGUGGAGGCAGGAGGAGAAGCUGCGCAAGCAGGAAGAGAAGAUAUGGGAGCAGGAGGAGAAGAUGUGGAGGCAGGAGGAGAAGAUGUGGGAGAAGUAGGAGAUGGUGCGGGAGCAGGAAGAGAAGAUGGGGGAGCAGGAGGAGAAGAUGUGGGAACAGGAGGAGAAGAUGCAGGAACAGGAGGAGAAGAUGCGGCGGCAGGAGGAGAAGAUGCGGGAGCAGGAAGUGAGGCUGCAGCAGCAGGAGAAGAUGCAGGAACAGGAGGAGCACCUGGAAGCUGCCAUCUACCAAGCAGAUGACAAGAACACAAAUAUAAUAAACAUGUAAAAGCCGGCAGCAAGGCCUGGAGAAGAUACGGGAGCGGGAGGAGAAGAUGUGGAGGCAGGAGGAGAAGAUGUGGGAGAAGUAGUAGAUGAUGCGGGAGCAGGAAGAGAAGAUGGGGGAGCAGGAGGAGAAGAUGUGGGAACAGGAGGAGAAGAUGCAGGAACAGGAGGAGAAGAUGCGGAGGCAGGAGGAGAAGAUGCGGGAGUAGGAAGUGAGGCUGCGGCAGCAGGAGGAGAAGAUGCAAGAACAGGAGGCUGGAGUGCAAUGGCAUGAUCUCGGCUCACUGCGACCUCUGCCUCUUGGGUUCAAGCGAUUUUCUUGCCUCAGCCUUCCCAGUAGCUGGGAUUACAGGCAUAACUGAAGGUGAAAGGACAGAAUCACAGUGUGUUACUGGCACAGAUGCAUCGGCUAGUGAAGAAAGAAGACAUUCAAACUGGCUGAAGCAGUGCCUACUCAAUAGAACCAGUCAUCGUGCAAAGAAAUGCCGCCUGACUCAAAGGCAAAGCCAGAGUGCAGCUUGGAGCAAAGAAGAGUCUCACUGUGUAGCCCAGGCUGGAGUGCAGUGGCGCGAUCUCGGUUCACUGCAGCCUACCUCUCUUGACAGUCCGCUGGUUAAAGUGAUUCUCCUGUCUCAGCCUCCCGAGUAGCUGAAAUUACAGGCGCCGGCCACCACGCCUGGCUAGCUUUUGUGUUUUUAGUAGAGACGGGGUUUCACCGUGUUGGCCAGGCUGGUCUUGAACUCCUGACCUCAAAUGACCCACCUCUGCCUCCCAAAGUGCUGGGAUUCCAGGCGUGAGCCACCGUGCCAGGACCCAAGGCCCUUAAGUUUUAAUGUCUCAUUCUUCAGUCAGGUUUUCCUUGUUCCUGCGUGUUCAGCCAUUUGUUUUUAAGUUUGUGUUGAAGGAGAAACUAACAAUGAAAAUGGACUUGUCGACGGAAGAAAAGUAGGAAUGCAGCCUCUGGUGCUGUUUGAGUGAUCCCUCUGCCCCAGGCCUGGCUGCGCACUGCUGUGUUCUGGAAAGGCGCAUUGUGCCCUCGCUGUGGCAGGCUGGAGUACAGUGAUGUGAUCUCGGCUCACCACAACCUCUGCCUCCAAGGUUCAAGCAGUUCUCCUGCCUCAGCCUCCCAAGUAGCUGGGAUUACAGGCAUGUGCUACCACGCCCAGCUAAUUUGUGUAUUUUUAGUAGAGAUGGGAUUUCUCCAUGUUGGUCAGUCUGGUCUGGAACUCCCAACCUCAGGUGAUCCACCCACCUCGGCCUCCCAAAGUGCGGGAUUACAGACAUGAGCCACCGCGCCUGACCUGUAGUCUUUUUUCCAUUCCUUUAUUUGUUCAUUCAUAUUUGAGAGAGGUACUAAAAGACUGGGAGCCGGGGUGUGGUGGCUCACACGUAUAAUCUCAGUGCUUUGGGAGACGGAAGUGGGAGGAUCACUUGAGCCCAGGAGCUCAAGACUAGUUUGGGCAACAUAGUGAGACCCCAUCUUUACAAAAAAAAAAAAAAAAUAGCUAGGUGUGGUGACACCCAUCUGCAGUCCCAGCUACUUGGGAGGCUGAGGCAGGAGGAUUGCUUGAGCCCAGGAGGUUGAGGCUGCAGUGAGCUCUGAUCAUGCCACUGCAUUCCUGCAUUCCAGCCUGGGCGAAAGAGCAAGACCCUGUCUCAAAAAAAAAAAAAAUAAAAUAAAAAUAAAUAAAAAUUGAUUGGGAGUUCUUUGUGGCCAAGACUUGUCAACUGAUAGCUUUAAGGGGAAUGUAUGCUGAUUCCUAAUUGUUAUCCUCCAUCCGUCUAUCUUAUCUCCUGUUGCAAUCUUAAAUGAUGGCUGGGUAACUACUCCAUUCCUCUGGAUGUAAAAUCUACAUUCUCUUGCCUGAGGUAGAUAUGUUUGCUUGGGUUCUGUUUAAGGAGAUGGGGCCAGCAGUGUGUUUCAGGGCCUGUAAAAUGUGUUCUCUAUCCGGGCUUUUGCUUAAUCUCUGUUUUCAGUCUUGCCUAUCAGUCCCAUUGUCGGGGGUACCUCGUGUCUGAGUCUAGAACCUUUCCAGGUUGCUGUGGGACAAAUUAGCCUCCUUGUUCUCAGUAUCCCCCUGACCUCCACCUUUGUUGCUUUGCUCCAUGAAUUAACCAUUUUCCAUGUACUGUCAUUGUCUAAUGAAGAUGAAUUGUCUUCUGUUGGUAACCCCAUUCCUUUUUUGUAAUUGUGUGCUUAUACAAUGUUUAUUCUUCACUGUAUUUCUAUUGGAGCCUCCGGACAAAGAGCAGAUGGUGAGAAUCUGUGUUCAGUGUUAAGUUUUCCUUCUGUAAGACAUGUGCAACUUGUGUUUUUCACUGAAUAGAUCAUGGACUUAAUGCAUAUAGAGCUACUUUGUUUUUCAUGAUUGUGCCUUCAAUUAUAUGUAGAAAUAUAAUUUGUGAAUUGCCUGAUGAAAUUUUCCUAAUUUUGAAUUAUCUUUGCAUUCGUAUAAUAAACACUGUUAGAAUGGC